AUGAACCGAUCGCGAAUGCUUUGGCGGAAUGCCAAGAGGAAAUUCCUUCAAUGUCGACAUAAGCUUAAGAGCUUAAUCAAGAAUGUCCCAAAAUCCAGUGUACCUGCUGUCGUCACACUUGAUGACGUAGUUAUGGAAGAAAUCUUAAAAAGACUUGAUCUUAGCGAACGAGUUCGAAUGAGAGUGCUGUCGCGGCGAGUGCAUGACAUAGUAGAUCGGAUGCCAUUGAUAUUGCCGUUCAUUUUUAUACGAUCCGAUGCACGAGGAAAUAUCGAGCUUCAUUGCGAUUAUAUGGAUGUUCUGCUAGACUAUGUGCUAGCUGACAUGCAAGGUUUCAAAGUUGUCAAUGGUGCUAUUGCAUUCAAUCAUACCAAUGCCAGAAGCGUGCUCACAGCUAUCAUAUCUCGAAUAACCGGUGUAACCCAUUUAUGGUUGGAUUCGGCCUGGAAUGGACAUAUCAUGCAAACUAUAGUUGAAUAUUACCAAGCAAUCAAUAGCGGGAGUAAAAGAUUAAGAAUAUUGCAGGUAGAUUCAACAUUGUCCAUAGAAGACUCGACGGAACGUUCUGCAAUUUUGCGUGCGCUAUCUACAAUGCCGGAAAAUGGCGUUUUAGAAGUGAUUCACAUUUGCCAUGGCACGGUCACUGACACUGCCAAAGUUAUCGGUUACUGGAUACAAUUGGCAAGGGAUUCUUCCCGAGAAAUCAAGCUGAAAUUAGAGGAAUGUUCUCAAGAGCGAGCUGAUGCUGCGGUAGGGCGCCUUCUACGAAAAGCUCGUGGUGUCGCUUGCACUGAAUGGACAAGAUGCGGUAUAGCGCUGCGAAUGGGUGAUGGAAGGUUAACCGUGCUGGAUAAAAAAGCCUGGUUUGGAGAUGAUGAUCAAUGA